AUGGCAGAGACCGGGACCGUAUCACAGCCGGUGCAGUCCAGUCACUCUGUCCCUGCAGCAGACAUGGUUUUUGCUCCAUUACGUGGUAACAGAUCACAGCUGCUCAGGAUCUCCAUGUUUUGCACACGCCGUCUCUACAUCCACCUGGCCAUAAUUGUUAUGGUAGUGUUCAUCCUGGCCAUUAUCAGGCUGAUGACCCAGGUCCGAGUCACUUUUGUCCAUUUCCACAUGAACAGUGAUGCUGAUGUUGAACUCGUCAAUUUGCCUUUGUCAUUCUCUUCGGUGAGAGGUGCCUAUUGCCUGGAUGGCUCACCUCCAGCUUAUUAUUACAGGUUUAGUCCAGCUGUCAAUUUUUGGAUUGUAUAUCUUCCGAGUGGGGCCUGGUGUGUGUCAGAAGAAGACUGCUACGAAAGAAGUUUGACAAAACUUGGCUCCAGUCAUGAAGCUCCAAAUGUGUUAUACUAUAAUGGAAUUCUGUCCAAAGACUGUAAGAAAAACCCAGAUUUUUGCCUGUGGAAUGUUUUAGUUCUUCUUUACUGUGAUGGCGGUUCAUUUCUGGGUAAUGUGUCUGAUAUUGUAUACUACAAAUCAAAGCCUUUAUAUAUUCGAGGUGCUCUAGUAUUUGAUACCUUGAUAGAGUACCUGAUUGCAAAUACCGGCCUGGGCGCUGCGGAGCAGGUGGUGCUAGCAGGAUCUUCAGCUGGUGGUACUGCAGCUCUCAUCCACGCAGACAGACUCCGCAGCAGACUUCCACUGUCUGUGAAGACUCUACAUGUACUAGUCGAUGGAGCCAUGUUUGUAGAUGUGCCUAGCAUCACUGGCAAGCGUUUGAUGGCUACAACUUUUCAGGCCGUUUAUAAAUUACAUUCUUUAAAUU